CAAAAAAAAAAAAAUGGGAAGGUCACCAUGUUGUGUAAAAGUGGGAUUGAAGAAAGGGCCGUGGACUCCUGAAGAAGACCAAAUACUCAUAGCUUACGUUGAAAAACAUGGAUGUGGUAGAUGGCGUGAUUUGCCAAUUAAAGCUGGGCUUAAGAGGUGUGGAAAGAGUUGCAGAUUAAGAUGGAUAAAUUAUCUAAGACCUGAUAUCAAGAGAGGGAAAUUCAGUUUGCAGGAAGAACAGUCAAUCAUUCAACUCCAUGCCCUUCUUGGUAACAGGUGGUCAGCUAUAGCAACUCAUUUGGCUAACAGGACUGACAAUGAAAUCAAGAAUUACUGGAACACGCACUUGAAGAAGAGAUUAACCAAGAUGGGAAUUGAUCCAAAUACUCAUAAACCACAGACCAACAUCUUUGGUUCUGCAAACCUAAGCCACAUGGCUCAGUGGGAAAAUACCCGUCUUGAAGCUGAAGCUAGGCUUGUUCGCGAGUCCAAGAAACAACAACUACAACAAAUUAUUUCGAACAACAACAACACUAUUAAUAAUUAUAAUAACCAUUUUGGGCUUAAUAAUUUCACUACACCUAAAAAUGUUUUACUACCCCUUCGACCAAAAUUUCCAUCACCACCUUGUCUUGACGUACUAAAAGCAUGGCAAGGAGGGGCAAAUUGGAUAAAUAUGCCAAAAAAUAACAAAGACAGUUUUUUCGAUAAUUCUCCGACAUCCACCUCAAACUUAUCGAACAACAACUUAUUGUUCAUGGUGCCUAACAAUAAUAAUAAUAUUUCAGGAACUGGAUUAGUGGAAAAUUCGUGUUUGGUUGGUGCUGGAGGUUUUGUGGAGAAUAUUGAUCAUGAAAUUGCAUCAUAUUCUAGUGAUCCAAGUUUGAACAAUAUUGCAGGGUUGACACACUUGCAAAAUGUUGUUGGAAGCUGCGAAGACAAUAUUCUUGAAGACGACAACAACAACAGCAACAAUUAUUGGAAUACUAUAUUAAAUUCGUGCCUCUUAUUUUGAUUUAUUGAAUCUAGAGAUUCAUGAAUCGCGAUCCUGAUGCAUAUAGAUACAAAUGGUUCAGAAGGAGUAAGAAUUUCCAGGAACACUGGGAACAGUAGCAGAAAAGCUGUUUUCAAGUAGUUUUAGUUCACUUGCUGAUGUUUCACCAGUAUCUUAAUUAUGUAGCCAUAUUGUAAUAGCUAAUUACUUAAUAUGUUUGAUAUAUAUUAGGACUUAGGAAAUUCUACCUUAGACUAGAUUUGUAAACCUAGUCUAGAGAAGAAUUGCCUGAGAGAGAAAUAUUAGGGCAAUAACUAUAUUGUACUA